AUGGAUGCAUUCACGGGCUCGGGUCUCAAGAGGAAGUUUGAUGAUGUGGAUGUGGGCUCAUCAGUUUCUAACUCUGAUGAUGAGAUCUCCAGCAGUGACAGCGCUGACAGCUGCGACAGCCUCAAUCCUCCUACAACUGCCAGCUUCACACCCACAUCCAUCCUGAAGCGGCAGAAGCAGCUGCGGAGGAAAAAUGUGCGAUUUGACCAGGUGACUGUGUACUACUUUGCUCGACGCCAGGGUUUUACCAGCGUGCCCAGCCAGGGCGGCAGCUCUCUGGGCAUGGCCCAGCGCCAUAACUCUGUACGCAGCUACACACUCUGUGAGUUUGCUCAGGAGCAGGAGGUGAACCAUCGGGAGAUACUUCGUGAACAUCUAAAGGAGGAAAAACUCCAUGCCAAGAAGAUGAAGCUGACCAAGAAUGGGACGGUGGAGUCGGUGGAGGCCGACGGCCUGACGCUGGAUGAUGUUUCAGAUGAAGAUAUUGAUGUGGAAAAUGUGGAGGUGGAUGAUUACUUCUUCCUGCAGCCUCUGCCCACCAAGCGGCGACGUGCCCUGUUGCGGGCUUCUGGGGUCCACCGCAUCGAUGCUGAAGAGAAGCAAGAACUUCGAGCCAUCCGCCUGUCACGGGAAGAGUGUGGCUGUGACUGUCGACUGUAUUGUGACCCAGAAGCAUGUGCUUGCAGCCAGGCUGGGAUUAAAUGCCAGGUGGAUCGCAUGUCCUUUCCGUGUGGCUGCUCUCGGGAUGGCUGUGGCAACAUGGCUGGGCGCAUUGAAUUCAAUCCAAUCCGGGUCCGGACUCAUUACCUCCACACCAUCAUGAAGCUGGAGCUGGAGAGCAAGCGGCAGGUGAGCCGCCCGCCAGCCCCGGACGAGGAGCCCUCGCCCACCACCAGCUGCAGCCUGGCAGGAGCACAGGGUGCGGAGACACAGGACUUCCAGGAGUUCAUUGCCGAGAACGAGACGGCGGUGAUGCACCUGCAGAGCGCGGAGGAACUGGAGCGGCUCAAGGCGGAGGAGGACUCCAGCGGCUCCGGCGCCAGCCUGGACUCCGGCAUCGAGAGCCUGGGCGUGUGCAUCCUGGAGGAGCCCCUGGCUGUCCCGGAGGAGCUGUGCCCGGGCCUCACUGCCCCCAUCCUCAUCCAGGCUCAGCUGCCCCCGGGCUCCUCCGUGCUGUGUUUUGCCGAGAACUCGGACCACCCGACCGCCUCGGCCGUGAACAACCCAUCCUACUUGAACAGUGGGCCCCUGGUCUACUACCAGGUGGAGCAGAGGCCAGUGCUGGGGGUGAAAGGAGAGCCUGGGACGGAAGAAGUCGCACCCUCCUUCCCCAAGGAGAAGGAUCUGAAUGUCUUCUCUCUCCCUGUUACCUCACUGGUGGCUUGUGGCCCCACAGACCCAGCUGCCCUCUGUAAAUCAGAGGUGGGGAAAACAUCCACUUUAGAAGCGCUAGUGCCCGAAGAUUGUAACCCUGAGGAGCCUGAGAGCGAAGACUUUCGCCCCUCCUGGUCCCCCUCAAACCUCUCCACGUGCACGGACAGCGAAGAGGGCUGUGCAGUGGAGAAGACGGCGCCGCAGAGUGAGGACAGGCCCCCGGAGGAGCCUGCCCUGGAGCCCCCCCUGGCAGUGUGA